AUGGAAACGAUAUAUUCAUAUGUAAAUUCUCGUUCAAAUUCUGUUGUAAAAUUCAAUCGACGUCAUUCAACAGAAAUAACAUCAGAUGUUGGAGAAAGUUUAUGUGAUAAUGAUUUCGAAUGGGAUGAAUUCGAUUUGACUUGUCAUUUAUCAGAAUCUGAUGCAUUAUCAUCAUAUGAUCUUAAUGAAAUGGCUGAAAUUUUACGUAAUCGUUUUCUUGAUUUUGAUAUGUCAUCAGAAAUAGAUGAAUAUUCAACACCUUUUUGUCAAUCAACAAUAAAUGAUAUUCUCAUUUUAAUAUCAAAUCAAAAUUCAAAAAAAGAAAAUUUUCUUAAAAAUUCUUCAACAUCAUCAAUAAUAACAUUUAAUCCUAAAUAUUUAAAUGAAAAUUCCAUUAUAAAACAUCGAUUGUAUAGAAGUUUAUCUGAUUUAAAUUCAAUAAAACAAGAAAAAACAUAUUUUUUUUUAUCAAAACAUUUAUCAUUAAUGAAUAUUAAAUCAAUCGAAUGGAACUUUUUAAAACAUAGAACUAUUUUAAGAAAAGAAAAUUAUCAUAAAUUAUUUUGUUCUAUAUCUCAAACAAUAGAAUCUCAAUUAGAACCAAAAUUAAUUAAUAAAAUAACAAAUAUAAAUGUUUUACAUUUAUCAAAAUUAGAAAUAUUUCAUUUAUAUUUAAUUCAAUUAAGAGAAAAAGUUUAUUCAUUUAUUCAACAAAUAUUUCAAUCAACAAAAAAAAUGCCAAUUAUUAACGAAGAAAUUAUUGAAACUUAUGAUAUUAUUCAAGAAUAA